GCCAGAACGAGAUCACUCGGACGCUGGUUCGUUUUGAUUCACGUCGUGUUGUUGUCGGAAUAAAUAGCUUAUUGCUUUGAUUUUGGACUGCACACGUUUGAAAACAAAACGCACAUCAAGAUUUGGCAAUAACAUCUUGGUUUCUGCGCUGUGAUAAUGGCGGAAGCUCAUGCCGCUGUUGCCUUCUCCUUCACUGUCACCCCAGAUGGAGUCAAUGUCAACCUCAACCAUGAGGCUAUCAAGGCAGUGUGGGACAGUGGCUUACUGUCCUGGAAGAAGAGAAUGGGACGUAUGAAGAACAACUUCCAUAAUGGCGUUUACCCAGCAUCCCCGGUCUCACUGAUCUUCACCCUUACAUUGAUACUGGCUCUUGUCCUUGGAGGAUAUGACCCUUCCUAUGGCUGUAUCUCCUACAUCCAGGCACAUAUACCACUCCUGGGUGUAGCCAGCACGUCCAUGUGCCUAUAUGUGAGUUGUGUGUUGUUCUCUACACUUCUGUGGCUGGUGGUAAUCUUUGCCAUACAGUACACCUUGCGUCUGCUCCUUACCUACCACAACUGGAUAUAUGAGGUGCGUGGACCCAUCUCACUCAGGACCAAAAUCUGGAUGGGCCUAGUGCGAGUGUUUGGAGGUCGAAACCCUCUUCUUAACAGCUACCAGGGUUCUCUGCCAAAGUUGUUUGUCCCACCUCUGGAUGGCACAUUGUCAAGGUACCUGAAGUCGGUUCAACCUCUGCUGGAUGAUGAGAAGUAUGCUCGUAUGGAAAAGUUGGGGAAGGAGUUCCGUAAUGGAAUUGGGACUAAACUACAGCGCUACCUAUUGCUCAAGUCAUGGUGGUCUGCAAACUAUGUGUCUGACUGGUGGGAACAGUAUGUUUACCUCCGUGGACGUUCACCUAUCAUGAUCAACAGCAACUUCUAUGGAAUCGAUGCUGUACUGGAGAAACCAACAGGUGUGCAGGUAUCACGUGCAGCCAACAUCAUCUACGCCAUCCUGCAGUACAGACGUGAGGUGGACAGGGAGGAGCUCAUGCCGAUUUUAUUGAACAAGACUAUUCCACUGUGUUCCGCACAGUACGAGAGGCAGUUCAACACGACACGUAUUCCUGGCAUCGAAACAGACACCUUGGUACAUCACAAGGACAGUAACCACAUAGCUGUGUAUUACCGUGGCCGAUACUUUAAAGUCUACAUCAGGCAUAAGGGCAGGCUACUCAAACCCAUUCAGAUUGAAUCAAUGCUGCAGAAGAUUUUUGAUGACAACUCUGAGCCAUCAUAUGGUGAGGAGCAUCUGGCUGCCCUGACUGCGGAGAGGGUCAACUGGGCUAAGGCAAGAAAGGAGUUUUUCUCAAAGGGCAAGAACAAAGCUUCAUUGGAUGCUAUUGAGAAGGCUGCCUUUUUUGUGGCAUUGGAUGAAGAACCACAUGGCUAUGAAGCGAAUGAUCCAUCCAGUCUGGACAGGUUUGGAAAAGCUAUGCUUCAUGGAAAAGGCUAUGACCGGUGGUUUGACAAGUCUUUCACUCUGGUUGUGUGUUCAAAUGGACAUAUUGGCUUCAAUGCAGAACAUUCCUGGGCUGAUGCACCCAUCAUGGGUCAGCUGUGGGAAAUGUUGCUGGCGGAAGUCUGGAACCUCGGGUUAAUUAUGUGUUGCAUUCAAUUACAGGCAAACUCAGUGAUAGAAAACAGCCUGCAGAUUGCCCGCCAGAUCAUCAGUGAUGUUGAUCUCAAUGUGCUCAUGUUCAAAGACUAUGGUAAAGGUUUCAUCAAGAAGUGCAGAGUGUCUCCUGAUGCCUUCAUUCAGAUGGCUCUGCAGCUCACAUAUCACAGGUCUACCAACAAGUUCUGUCUUACCUACGAGUCCUCCAUGACCCGACUGUUCAGAGAAGGACGGACUGAGACUGUCCGAUCAUGCACUGUGGAGUCCUGUGCAUUUGUGAGAGCAAUGGAUGACAAGAAUAACACUAAUGCUGGGCGUAUCAACCUGCUGAAGCAGGCAGCAGAGGUUCAUCAGCAUGCAUACAGGGAGUGCAUGACCGGACUUGGUAUUGACAGGCAUCUCUUCUGUCUGUAUGUCGUCUCUAAAUACCUUGGUGUUGACUCUCCAUUCCUGGCUGAAGUUCUCAGUGAGCCCUGGAGGCUGUCCACAAGUCAGACUCCUCACCAGCAGACAGACAAGCUGGACCUGAAGAAAUUCCCAGACAGAAUCUGUGCAGGAGGUGGCUUUGGGCCGGUUGCUGAUGAUGGAUAUGGAGUAUCGUAUGUUGUGGCUGGAGAGGACACUAUCUUCUUCCAUAUAUCCUCCAAGAAGUCCUGUCCACUUACUAAUUCUCAGAAGUUUGGCAUUGAAUUGAGGAGGUCCCUCAAUGACAUGCGAGCGCUGUUCGUGAAAGAGGAUUGACAUGAGUAAACCAGGUAGCUAGACGUCCAGCAGAUACCUAGACACACCGCACACCAGCCAACCACGUGGCCCACGUGAAAUGCCCUGAUAGGCAGGUGGGGUCAGAGUGUGUGUAGGUGAGAUAGAUCUGAAGAGCCAUGUUUGACUGUGAUGCAGUGGAGAUGUACAGGUGUUAUAUUUUAUGUGUUAACUGUUUUUUACAUUUAUCAUUGCUGUCAUACAAACCAUAUGGUUUGGCGGAUAUUAUGAACGUGCACAUCAAAUGCAAAGUUUUUACUCAAUGCAUCCUGUAUAAUUCUAUUUUAUGUGACAGUUGGCAAUUUACCAAAAUAUCCUGCAUCUUCAGUAACGCCUGUCUUGAGAUAUGUGCCAUGCUUAAAUUAACAGUGUCAACUGGUUCUCAGAUGGCAUGUUGCCCUAUCAGGGGAGCUAACUCUUACUAACUUACCAGCACCCAACUGGUGCUACUUUUCUGUCAUACAUAGAUAGCUAUAGCCAUCAGGACUGGAAUUUAUUUAUCCCAGUAAGUUGAAAGUGAUGUAUCUGCCAUGGCUUAUGCAACUAGCCACAAAUAUGUAUGGCUUUGAUGAAACCGGGCACGUUUUAUCACAGUUUUAACAUCCUGCAUUUAUAAUUUUAUCAACACUGGCAUGAGAGUCGCUCCUUUAAAUGUGACAUAUUUAACAAAGAAAUAGUUUAAUGGCCAUUUUAUCGUGUAUCAUUUAAAUUAUCAUUUUCAUACAGAUAUUAUCUUGAAAGUCAUGGUUUUAGUUUACUGAAUUACGUUUCAAAUUUUACUUUUAUUCUUUAUGAAAACACAUAAAAUUUAACAUAAAUCAUUUGUGUAUUUAUAAAAAGAAAUGUUUCAAUUGUACAUAUUGGUGUGAUGUAGUGAGAGUGUUCACUCAUUAUUUAUAGCAUAAUGUAUCACUCAACUCUGGGUUUCUCUCUUCCUUCAUUUUGGUUAUCGGGUUAGCAUAAUCAAUUAGGGAAUAGGUAUGAUACCCCUGAUGGCUAGGUGUCACAUGUUUACUGUCUACUGUGGAGUGUCUCGAUAGAUCUCAUGUUUAUCAUACUUCCUGUACCAAGAGAGGGUAGAUGGAUAACAAAUACAGAUGUAAUAUCAUUGUUAUCAGGAUACGUUUACAAAUUAGUGUCUAAGUGAAACUUGAAAUGUACAUAUUUUUAAGGAAACAUCAAGUUUAUUCAUUCCGGAUAUUCUAAAAUCAAUUUUGACAAAAAUAUUUCAUAUUGUUUACCUAAAAAUACAACUAAAAUGUUCAUGUUUUAACCAUUUUAGGAAUUUUUAAUAGAACAAACUUUGAGACAGAUUCUUUUAUCCAAAUACUACAGAACUGUGACCCUGUUACCGAUGGGAAUGAGAACAACUUUGGUAACAAGCAGUUGUAGCUCUGAUAACUGGCUCUCAUAUCAUCAUUAACAUCUUACCAUCAUCGUCAUCUGUAUGUUCAGAAUGUAUGUUUCUGUUUGUAUGCACUGUUUUAGCAAUGGUACAAAUUUUAUUCUUCUGCUAGAGGCAGGUGAUUUUAGUUAAUUUAUUGAAGAAAAAACAGAUGGUUCUAGUUUUGUGAAAAUAAAAUGGUGUACUAUGUCA